AUGGCAAGCUUGCCAACCCUUGUUUCAAGCAUUGGGAGCUGUUGUUCUGUACUUACAGAUGACAAGGAGACGUACGAGGCCUUUACGGCACACUUUGACGAGCAGCUGUCUCUGUACCACUCUAUCGUGGCCAUCAACCUUGCGGAAUUGUGUGGCAAAGAAAAGGCCAUUAGUGAUGCCUUCCUCCAACACCUCCUCAAAUAUAACUCCCCCGACAUCACCUACGUCAUGUUUGACUUCCACGAAUACUGUCGUGGUAUGAAAUUUGAAAAUGUUUCUAUCUUGACUGACGGCAUCAAUGACAUCAUAAAGAAGAUGCGGUACUGCUGGGUUGACAGGAACGGAAUGAUUUGUGAACAGCAGGGUGUGUUUCGGGAGAAUUGUGUCGAUUGUCUAGACCGGACCAACGUUGUACAAACAGCUAUCGCCAGAAUUGUCAUGGAAACACAGUGUAGAAAGCUAGGUAUUCUGGCUCCGGAGGAGAACCUGCCUCAAAGUUGUAAACUCAAAUUCCAACAGCUCUGGGCCAACAAUGGAGAUGUUAUUAGUCGACAGUACGCUGGGACAGCAGCACUUAAGGGUGAUUUUACGAGGACAGGUGAGCGAAAGUUUUCUGGAAUGAUGAAAGAUGGAAUGAACUCGGCGAACAGGUACUACCUCCGGUUCAAAGACAGUUACCGCCAGGCCUCCAUAGAUCUUACUUUGGGCAGGCCAGUUACCAUGGAGGAAUUCCUGUUGCUAGGCAACAGUAACCCAGAAGAGGAGGAUGGUGCAGAGUUGAUGGAGAAGGAACAGAAUCUCAAACUGUUGGUGGAAGAUUGUAAAGAGAUGUUGAUUGUGGAACCUGAACAGUGUCUAGGUGGUUGGAGUCUCAUCAAUGCUGACCCGGUGUGUGGGGACCCAGACAGAUCUGACAUGGAUGUGAUUCUGCUGCUGUCUCAGAGAUCAGUCUAUGUAGCCUGGUAUGACGAUGAGGAAGAACAGCUUGUCCAAUAUCAGAGGAUAUUUCUGGAGGAUAUUGAAAAUAUAGAAAUAGGCUUAGAGCCGUCACUGUUCAAGUCUAAGUUUGUGUGUAUGCGGUUACACUAUACCAACUUUGCGGAGGACGGAUUUUUCCACACAUUCCGUACCCCCCGAACACGCCUCUUCAACAACAUGGUUAUAGCUGUCCGCAACCAGGAGGAGUCUCGAGAGUCGCUGAAGGCUAUCCACCAGGCUUUUGCUGCAGCUAGACAGAUAUUCUCGCUGGACCUGGAGGCUGUUGACAGGCAGAAGCUUGACAGAAAAAAGACCAAGCCCCAUCCUGAUGUCCAGGACAUCCACAAACAGCAGCAGGAGAACGCGUUGACUGGCAUCCACAUUCCUCGCGAUAUAUCCUCACCAGACCUCGCGUAUAAACACAAGGCCCUCGUGUCGCCAGAUCUCCGCAGGAAGGGCCGUGUGUCUCCAGACGUGCAGAAACACGGCCUUAGUCCAAACUCUCCGAGUGCUAGUAGCGCCACCUCCCCGUCAACCAGCCCUAGCCGACCACGCCACAACAUUUUACCCAACUUUGCAGACGUCAAAAAAAGUCUGAAUUCAAGCAUCAAGCUAAACUUUACUGUGCCAAAGUUUAGUUUGCAAAAUGUGAGCCUACCAAGACGGUUUGGUGGUACCAAAUCAAAAGAGGAUGUUACUGACGGAAGCAACAAUUCUGAUGUCGUCACUUCAGAUGAGGUGCAGCAGAAAAAAACAAAACUGGUGAGGAAAAGGACAUACAGUCAGGAUGACUCCACUGUAGGGACGACCACUGCAGCAUUUGAUGACUCUAUGCAAGCAGAGGAUGACAACAUUGUGCUGGACAGUUGUGGCAUCAUUACAAAAGGUCGUCAGGGGUCAAGCUUUGAUGACACAGAAGGAUCUGCUGAAGGUUUGAAAGAGACCGUGCAAGGUAUCGAUUCAUUAAAACUUCAAAAGGACAAUGAAGAUGACUCUGAUCAGAUCAGAGAUGCUUCUAAUACAAAGGGGGAUAUCCUGCACAAAGUAGAGAAUGCUGAAGGUGAUGAUGAUGCAUAUUUAGUCAUUGAAGAUUCUGAUGUUGAGAAACUUCUUGAAGGCAAAGAGAAAACAGUGCCAAAUAAGACAGUUGAGACUGUGUCUAAUGUCAAAGUGCCAAAGAUUGUAACGUCGGCAGCAAAAACCCGCAAACUACAACGAAUUCUGGAGAGCCUACAGGAGGAGAUCAGUGAAAGGUUAGAUGGCAAAAGGUGCCUCACUCAGAUCGUCAUCGUAUGACACCAGCGACCCCUAGACCUGACAACCCUCACUCGACUUGCAACUUAUGAGAUUUUUAGUGAUUUUAUCAGAUUAUUUAGUAGAUCAUUGAGAAGUUUUAAUUCCAUACUUAUGAAUAUAUUGAUGGCAUAAUAUAAACUUAUGCAAUUAGUGGAUUGCAAUAGAGCUGUUUACUACACCAUAAUGUUUUAUACAACUGUGUUACUCUUGUUGUUAAGUCCUCAAUUUACUGGUGGGCAGAUCUUAGUAUCAAAACUAUAAGUACUAACUGUGUUAUUUACAAUGUUUCUUAUAUCGUUCUACCUUUGUAGUCGUAGAUUUUUAUCUAAAUUUAUUGUAUAUACCAACUGAAACCUUAAGGUUAUAUGCUACCUUAUCUUUAUAAAUUAGAGUUAUCUCCUUUUUUUUUUCUUCUUUUUUUUGUUGUAUUAUUGUCAUCUAAUGAGCCGAAACAACCUCAGUGUUAUAAAUGUGUGUCAUUUAGUUGUCAUCAGGUAAGUAUGUAGGUCCAACAUGUCAUCUUAAAAGGCUAUUCAUAGAUUUUUUUGUGUGGAACUCUUUUCUGAAAAGAGGUGCAUAUCAUGGGUAUGGCUAAGUUUAUAGCCUUAAGUGUAGAAAGGCCUCAUUUUAGCAUAUCAGUAGUCUUAUUAUAACAAGAACUAAAAGGGAGCAUUCCUUAACAAUACUGAUAUUGAAACUAUAGAUUUCAUCACAGCUAGAAAGAUCAUGGUCAGAGGUGUUGUAGAAUAAGUGUCGUUACAGGUCUUGUUUUUAGAUGUUGAAGCAUAAGUGUCUUCACAGUUUGACAAGUUUUGUCUGUAGACGUAGCGUAAGGGUUAUCAGAGCUUGGCAUGUUUUGUCUAGACGUACUGGGUAAGGGUUAAACAGAGCUUGGCAUGUUUUGUCUUUGUCUAGACGUAGGGUAAGGGUUAUCAGAGCUUGACAUGUUUUGUCUUUGUCUAGCCGUAACGUAAGGGUUAUCAGAGCCUGGCCUGUUUUGUCUAGACCUCCUGGGUAAGGGUUAAACAGAGCUUGGCAUGUUUUGUCUUUGUCUAGCCGUAGCAUAAGGGUUAUUAGAGCUUGACAUGAUUUGUCUUUGUCUAGCCGUAGGGUAAGGGUCAUCAGAGCUUGACAUGUUUUGUCUUUGUCUAGCCGUAGCAUAAGGGUUAUCAGAGCUUGACGACACGUUUUGUCUUUGUCUAGACGUAGCGUAAGGGUAAUCAGAGCUUGUUAGAUUGCUUAGAGAUGUUCGAAGGUAAUAGUUGUCCAAACAUUACGAGAGGUUUUCUAGCAUUGACUUAAUUUCAGACAUGACAUCGCUUUUUAUGUGUGGGUGUGGCACCUGGUUUAUCGCUGUUACGAAGCCGUUUUAGUUAAUCUUGUGUUCAGACCGUCUCAUUAUACAACGCUCUCCUUCACCUGCCUUUAUGUACAUCGCCAUUAUUUUUAUUUUAAACAUGUGUUAUUAUAUAUCUGUUGUUGUGUUGAAUUUUUGUUUGUUUUUCUUUUACAUCAGAUACAAUCUAGAUCAUUUAAACUCACAUAGCACAAGGUGCCUGUGACGCAUUGAUGUUGCAUCUGUUUACUUUAAAAUUGUUCAUGUUAGAACCUUGCGGACUAGUCGUGAUAUAUAGCACGCUGGUCUCGCUCGGAUGAAGUGCUAUCAAAUGCAGUAAAAAAAAUCCAAAAAGUUGUUGAGUAAUUUAUUAAGACAUAGAGGUUUAUUUUGUUUAAAACUUUGAAAAACUUUGAUUCAGAGAGUAAUAUGAUACUUCACAUAUAGCUUGCUAAAAUGAAAGGCUAUCGAGUGUGUUUAAAUAAUUGACCUUGACUUAUUUUCAAGGUCUCAGGGGUCAGAUGCAUUAUUCAUGUACAUCAUCAAAUGAUUUCUUUAUAAGAAGUCUGCUCUGAGCUUACUAGAGGGAGGAAUAAGUCCAGUUUCCGUAUUAAAUAUUUUCAGGAAAUAACUUAUACCUGGGUUAUCAUUUGUAAUGACUGGGAGACCACUCUGCGUGUCAUUUAAUGGGAGACCACUCUGUGUGUGUCAUCCUAACUACAGACUGUUACUAAGGUAUCAUACCAGCAAAUAGAAUUAAUGUAAAUCGUGUUAUUUUAAAAUGUUCAGGGAAACCAUUUGAGUACUGGUAGCUUUAAAAACAAGAUUUGAAUUUUUUUUUGAUUUUUUUUUUACUUGAAAUCAAUGCUACUGUUUUUGCCCAUGCUGUGACGAUAGUCUAGAUGACAUUAACUGAUUAUUGAAAUUGUUUUAUAAAAAUCAACAUAUCUGAGCAGACCUGAAAGAUGUAGAAAAUAUUGAUAUUUAGACUUUAAAUGAAAAGAAAAAUAGGUGAAAGCCAAUCCGUAUCUGGUAUUUCUCUGUCUUCUAAAGGGAGACAACUCUAGAGUACUUUAGAUUGUUAUAGCCAUCUAAUCUUCUAAGGGGAGACAACUCUAGAUUACUUUAGAUUGCUAUAGCCAUCUAAUCUUCUAAAGGGAGACAACUCUAGAGUACUUCAGAUUGUUAUAGCCAUCUAAUCUUCUAAAGGGAGACAACUCUAGAUUACUUUAGAUUGUUAUAGCAAUCUAAUCUUCUAAAGGGAGACAACUCUAGAUUACUUAAGAUUGUUAUAGCCAUCUAAUCUUCUAAAGGGAGACAACUCUAGAUUACUUUAGAUUGUAAUAGCCAUCUAAUCUACUAAGGAGAGACAACUCUAGAUUACUUUAGAUUGUUAUAGCCAUCUAAUCGUCUAAAGGGCGACAACUCUAGAUUA